GCUUCCUAGUUUGUGUGGUUCGUGUCGUGCUUGCUGGCGGCCCGUUGUUUUCCUCCUCGGAGCGGCUGCUCCUCGCGCACAGAGACGAUCUUGGGUAGAGUCCGGGUACAAGGUGGGGCAGCGGCUCCGGGUUUAACUUGGUGAAGUUGCGUGUUCGUCGUUUUAUGGCGGAUUGUUCCGCGGCCGCCGCAGAGACACGUGAGCGGGCCUGCGAGACAGCACUUUAAGAGUUUGGCAGCACCAACGUAGACCAGAGUCAUGGCCUCUGGCAAGAACAAGAACCAGACCUCUCUGGUCCUACACAAGGUGAUCAUGGUGGGCAGCGGCGGCGUGGGGAAGUCCGCGCUCACGCUGCAGUUCAUGUACGACGAGUUCGUGGAGGACUACGAGCCCACCAAGGCCGACAGCUACAGGAAGAAGGUGGUGCUGGACGGCGAGGACGUGCAGAUCGACAUCCUGGACACGGCUGGUCAGGAGGACUACGCCGCCAUCAGAGACAACUACUUCCGCAGCGGCGAGGGUUUCCUGCUCGUCUUCUCCAUCACGGAGCACGAGUCCUUCACAGCUACGUCCGAGUUCAGGGAGCAGAUCCUGCGGGUGAAGGAGGAGGAGGUCAUUCCUCUGCUCCUCGUGGGCAACAAGUCGGACCUGGAGGAGCGGCGGCACGUGUCCGCCGAGGAGGCCACGGCGAAGGCGAACGAGUGGGGCGUCCAGUACGUGGAGACGUCGGCGAAGACGAGAGCCAACGUUGACAAGGUUUUCUUCGACCUCAUGCGUGAAGUCCGCAAGAAGAAACUGUCAGAGAGCAAAGACAAAAACGGGCCGAGCGGCAAGAAGAAGAAGAAGCGCUGCUGCAUCCUGUGACCUCGAGGUGACAAAGUGCCAAAAAAACACAAGCAGCUCGACAUUGUGAAACCGUUAAUUCUCUGCUCGUUGAUUUUUACACCUUCAAAAUGUUUUUGUUUUUUCUCCUAAUGUAUAAAAAUCCAAAUAAAAGGUCAAACGACAGCGACUCGAUGUUUGACGUCACGUCGCCAUUUUCACCGGAGGAACCUCGCUUCCUGCUACAUGUGGCCAUAAGUACGUGGACACAUUCCUCCGGUCAGGGAUUUUCUCACAGCUCAGUUUCCUUCACAAAGCAGGAAAAAGUUACUCCUGGAAAAAGCUCGGACACAUACGAUUGGCCGAUGGAAGCCUGUUGCAUGUUGCCGUUCCGUUGAUUCGAUUUCCAGCCAAAUUUCCCUUUUUAAAACUGACGAAGAAAAUGAAAAUGUUGUCCAUCAGAUUUUAGUUAGUAAAGCACUUUUAUGUCCUUUACAAAAUAAAAUCAGUAAAUAGGAAGUGAGCAAAUCUUUAUACGUUUGAAACGAGGAAACACUACAGGCCGGAAAACUACGAUCAAGAUAAAGUAAAACCAGAAAUAAAAAAAGUAAAUGACACAAUAUUAAAUAUAAUGGAAUAAAAGCAUAAAGAAAGAUAUUUAGAUAAACAAAAUUCAAAGUGAGAGGAGGCGUCGUAAGAGUUGUGUUGUUGUUGUUGUUCAUCUUUUUUCUGCAGUUCUCAAACUAUCUUUGGACACUAGAGCCUCCAGACGAACUCAGACGUGUCCACAUUCUUAUGGCCACUUUGUGUCUUUACCUGCAGAAGCAUAAAGAAGCAAAACGACACAAGUUGUCCAUGAUAUUGAUAUAUUGGGAGAUUUUGUGCCUUAAACUGUUUCCAGUGAUUUAACGACUCUUCAUCAGAAGCCAAAAAACAUUUCAUCCAUCACUUUGUUUUUCUUUUUCUGUAUUACGUGUUGAGUGUUUCGUCUUCCGACACAUUCCUGCUGCGUAGCGACACCUGACACACUCCCUUUGUAUGAAAACUUUAUUCUCCACCUCCCUGACGAACACGCGUUUCAUUUAUUAUCAAGUUUUAAUCACAUGAUUGUUCCUAUUGUAUUUAAGUCUCUGUGUGUGUUUGUGUGACGACCUCGUAUCGUUUGAUAAUAAAAGAAAACACAUAUUGAUCACUGA